UAUCUUCGUGACCGAUAAGAGCCCAGCCCGCUGUGUCGUAACGUUAGCCCGUGCACGGAGCAAAGGUCUCGGUCAGAGCUGACACACGGACUCGCUGUUUGAUUCUCGGUGCUCCGUCUCUCAGCUCCGGUCUGUACUCGUUCCAUCAUGAACUUCCUCCUGGAAACCCUGCAGGUCCUCCUGCUGUCCCUCUGGUACAACAUCGAGUCCUUCAUAUUCUUCUUUGUGCCCAUGAAGAAGAAGAAUGUGGCGGGGGAAGUGGUGCUGAUCACAGGGGCGGGCAGCGGGAUUGGCCGCCUCAUGGCUCAGGAGUUUGCGGCGUUGGGGACGACGCUUGUGCUGUGGGACAUUAACCAGGACGGCAUGAAGGAGACGGCCCGGCUGGCAAAAGAGAGCGGAGCCAUCAGGGUCCAUUACUACCUGUGUGACUGCAGCGACAAGACCGAGGUGUACAGGGUGGCCGACCAGGUGAAGAGAGAGGUCGGAGAUGUCACCAUCCUGGUGAACAACGCCGGCAUCGUGACUGGGAAGAAGUUCAUGGACGCUCCGGACUCUCUGAUCGAGAAGACGAUGGAGGUCAACACCAUGGCUCACUUCUGGACGUACAAAGCCUUCCUCCCCGCCAUGAUGGCCAACAACCACGGUCAUCUGGUCAGCAUCGCCAGCUCAGCAGGACUCAUUGGAGUCAACGGACUGGCAGAUUACUGUGGCAGUAAGUUUGCCGCUGUGGGUUUUGCCGAGUCUGUGGGUCUGGAGAUGUUGGCGCUGGGGAAGGACGGCGUGAAGACCACCAUCGUGUGCCCGUACUUCAUCAACACUGGGAUGUUCGACGGAUGCCAGACCAAGUGGCCGACUCUGCUGCCCAUCCUUGAUCCAAAGUACGUGGCGAAGAAGAUCAUCAAUGCCGUGCUCACAGACCAGGUGUACCUGUUGCUGCCAAGGAGCAUGUACCUGAUCGCAGCGCUUAAGAACAUACUCCCCAUGAAACAGGGCAUCCUGCUGGGUCAGUACCUCGGAGCCUUCAACCUCAUGGACACAUUCAGGGGACACUCCAGAGGGAAACAGGAGUGAAGAUGACGACGUGGACAAGGAGUGAAGGAUAACUGAAAGAAACCACACAAACACCUGUUCUAAUCUUAAGUUUAAGCAUAAAUCAGUCUAAUAAAUAUGUAGGGUCUAACAGUCGUAGCACAGGGUUGGUUUGUGCCACUGUGAUGUAAGCUGCAUUUCAGAGGUUCAGACUUGAAUACUAAUCAAAACAGGAGGGCACAGUUGAUAAGAAAUGUCUAUGGUGCUAACUUCAGUAGCCAUUAAUCAGUUAAUUCUAUUCAAAACUACCUGAAAAACAAUGUUAAAGACUCGUGAAAGUCUUCACUGUACGCCUCCGUCAGCCCACAAACAAGGAUUAGUCCAGUCAUUAAACUAGCUCUAACAUUCUUUUAAAGAACCAACCAACAUGAAAGAGAUCCAAUCAUGUUAGCUCUUCCCGAUGUCGCUGUGCUGUUCUCCAUUUCCUUUGAUCUCACUGAGACAGUCCCAACAUUCUGUCACAUACACACACAUCUUCGUUGACUUACAAGUUCUAUAAAUCCAACUCAUUUCCUUCUACAUACUUAAUUUCGCUUUAAGAUGAUUUUACAGAUUGUUAAAGUUUGAUGGGGAUUUUUGGCUCUCAGACUUUUACAAUGAGUGUGUAUGAGAUAGAAUGUUGGGACUCUCUUAGUGAGAUCAAAGCAAAUGUCUUCCUGAGAGCAGCACAGCAACAACAGGCAGAGCUAACAUGAUUGGUCAAUCCUCUCUACCUGUUUCCUAUUGGUUGGUUCAUCAAAAAGAUCCAAGAGCAAAAAAAUGUUUUUAAUUGUGCAGAGAAAGUUUUAUACGCGCACAGAGAAAGUUCUGUGUCAAUUUCAAAACACUCAGAAUCAACCUGGAAAAGAGGAGAAUGAAUAAGUGCAGGAAAUUUGAGCAAGCAACUAAAGUUAAAGAGCAAGCGAUUAUUUAGAGCACAAACAGAGAAAAUCUAAGAACAAUGAGGCAGUUCAGAGCACAAAGGCAUGUUUAAACUAAAGUUGUAGUCAUGCGCUUAAAGCGUUGAACAGUGCUCUUGAGUUUUGCAGCAGUAACGCCUCUAAAUAACAUUCCUAAUCAUCAUUGUAACAUUAUCUAAGCUUAUAUUAAAAUGUAAUCCAUAAAUAGAGCUAACACUGCUCUGUGUGGGUGCUGAGGCAGUAGAAGGACCCCUCCUGGUGGAUCAUGUUAACGCUUUAGCGUUGGUGUCAUGAAUAUGAAACAUGCUUAUAAGGACCUCUCAGGACCGCCCACUGCCGCUCUUUGAGGACCAACAGUGAUGAUGUAACCAUGUGUCAUCAGUCCGAGACAAAACCAUGAGUCAAACACUUAAAAACCCAGAAAAUAGCACAAACCCAAAUAUAAUGUUUUUAUUAUUCUGAGUUAUAUAAUCUAGUAUAUAUUCAGUAUAAACACAAACGCUGUAUCAGUCUUAGGCUGAGUUAUGAUUUCAUACCAACUUGGUGCUGGUGUUUAAGAGUGUUUAUUUUUUGACUUUGGCCCUUAUUUUCCCAUAUUUUAGGAUUUCACAACCAUCAGAAAUGUGAAGAAGGUCUCCAGUAGAUUGAUUGAUCCUACAGCAAUCAUACAGGCUGUAAUAGAGCCAACAUCAUGGUCACUGGCAACAUUUGGACUGUGUUUUUGUGCAGUUAAGACAAUACGCAGAAGUUUGUCUGCAAUUUUUGUUGGUAAAAAAAAAUUGUUUGGGAUGCAUGAUAUUGGCAGGACACUGGUAUCAGCAGAUAUUUGGUUAAAAUGUUAACUUUUGGUUCUGGCAGAUAUAUGAACAUUUCUGCCAAUAUUUACAACUGACAUAUUGGCUUAAAAUAUGAGCCUAUAUCAAGUAUAAAUAUCGUCCUCAGCUACAAUAAGCUGUAAAUAUUGGCCUAUAUUGGCUGUAAAUAUUAUUCAUUCUCAGAAUCUACCCAGUAUCAUAUUUUUUAAUACGCUGGUAUUCAAGGUAUGAUGGCAAUUCUAAAGUAGGGGGGAACAGGAGACAUAAAUGUCCAAGAACAAAAAAAAAUGUAGGAGAAUCGGCCUAAAAGCCUUUAAAACACCAGGGAUUUUCAGUCAGUCAUAUUUUAACAAACAGACUCCAAGAACACCGUCUAGAUUGCACAAAAACAUUGGCAAUAUUUGGAGAGUAAAGUGGAGCUAGGCCUUUUUAUUUUUUAUUUUUUUGUAGAAAAACAAUUCUUAUAAUUGUUUUCACUGCAAAAACAUGUGAAAAUAAGAGCACAAGUACCUAAAUUCUUCUAUAUGUUAUCUUCCUCAUUAUGACAGCUGAAUUAUAAUUUAGCUGUGAUUUUAUAGCACUCUGUGUAAUGUUCACUUAUGUUUUACAUUCCUCGUUAUUUCUUUUUAAAGAGUAACUGAAGCUCUGUUCUAUCCGAAUUGAAAGAAAUGUCAUUUUGACAUUGCAUAUCUAUGUUUUUAUCAUCUAGUCUAUACUAUAUUUUAGUUUGUUCAUUAGCCAUCAUGUCACAACCAUUCCAGGUAGGCUUACCAUGAGCAACAAGAGUGAAAAACAAUAAUAUAUACAGGAUCCUGGUCAACAACACUGGUCACAGCAAGGUCUCUGACAGGUGGAGCCAUGAAUUUCAGCUGUGUGCUGCUACUAAUAAAGUUAACAGUCGUUGAAAAAAGUGGGUGGUAACUGGUAAGCUCUGUGGUGAUGACAGAUGAUGCCACAUACAUCACAGGGCACCAGAUCAGCCAAAAAAAUUCAGUUGUAUUAGACCGUUUCCACCUGUAGAGGGCAGCUGUACGCACAUUUUAAAAACAAAUACAAAUACACUAAUAUACACACAGAUACAUAGGUUUUCAUCUGAAGAGAAGGGCUCUUGGGGUUAAGUAACUCUUUAAAUACAGAAAGUGCCAGAGAUAAUGCUCACGCUCAGGGAAAAUAAAACCACGUGUUUUUAUUUCAAGUCCAGUUAAAAAAAAUAAUGUAAGGUCCAAAUGAAUUUUCAUGUUGUGUUGUUAAAGGUACUCAAUCACUUUUCCAGCCAUCUUUACUAGCACUGACAAUGUUAGUCACUGAAGUUGUUAGCUAUUGCAUCAUGCUAGCCUGCUAGCUUUUUUCAUUACUAGAAUGAGUAGAUCGAUAGCAUUAAUAUGUCUUAACAGCACAAGAGUGUAUAAUAAUACGCAGCAUCAGGCGCUCUCUGUUUACACUGCUUCCAUUAAAUCUGCACCUCUAUUUUCUGAUAAAUUACUGAAUAUAGUCAUUAUAUUCCUCAAGUAGACACUACAUAUAUGAAAGUGAUAUUCAGAAAAAAAUGAAGUUAUUUUUAUGAAGUAAUCGUAUGUUUAACUGAAUGCGUUCAUUUAUUUAGAUUUUAAGGUCAGAUUAUUAUCACACAGAAAAAGCACAUUUAUCAGCAUGAAACGGUCCGAGGCAUUUCAGUUAAAUGAAUUGUUUAUAGUCAUGUGAUCACAGUGUAUAUCAGAUGGAGGACAGGAAGUGAAGAACAGCAGUUAGGAAUCAAUGUAAAGGAAGGAAAGUUAGUCUGUUAAAGCAUUAAAGGAUGACAUCAUCUUCAAAGGCAAAAAUUGAAUGUUUUAUAAUCUUCAAAGGAUGACAUCAUCUUUCUGAAGUUUAUUUAAGACAUCAAAGGAUGACCUCAUCAAAGGCAGAGGAUGGAAUGAUGGUAAAGCUCGGUGCUGUUUGCCUUCAUUUAUGCCAAAUAGUCCUGGCGAGGAGUGAAACCCUCAAUCCUUGCCAGGUCUGCCCACUUUUCCAAAAGUUGCCAACAAAGGAUACUCAACAGAAGGGGACAGGGACCAAAGGAAGAGACGUAUGGGUGCCAAAAGGCCGGCUCUUAUUACUGAGCUGAGCAAAAUGGUCCAAAUCUCUUAAAAGGGACGCAUUUCCCAUCACGACAGUAAGGGUUUACUGGACUGGACAAACCAGACUGCUUGGUGGGAACAGACCAUAUGUGAGCGUUUCCUGACUCCACCCCUCCAGACUUUAGACUCCAGGCUUUUGAUCCAUGUAUGCCACUAUUUUGCCUGAGAGUGUCACGACUUUCAGGACUAAUAAGCUGUUUUUUCCCCUUUUCAUUUAGUCCGCACAUUUCUUAACAGCACAAAACGUCAUUUUGAUAGCACUUCUCUAUGCAGAAUUCACUUCCUGCCUCCUUCUGAAGUUCAACCCUGUGAUGGGACAAACAUCCUGUAACCAUGUACCUGAGAACAUAUGUAACACUGCUUUAUAUGGAGCAACAGAAGCCCUAAGUAGACAUGUAUCCAUAGGUUUAGUUUAACUCAACAGUCCUGUAAAUGUUUGAGGCUGGCAAAGGUCAUUUAUCUUAACCUGAAAAAAACACAGUUUUUCUUGUGAAAUCAUCUUUAUUUCUUGAGCUCAAGCUAAAUUUAAGUCAUGAUCACAGGUACACAGAGUAAAUCAAACAUUUGCAUAGAUGUCUGCAUAGGGUGGUUUGUAAAAAAGUGUUAUUAAUUCAUGUGUCAUUUAAUUUUGUAGCUGAUCUUGUAUGAGAAUGUUCACUUGUUGCCUUAAACAUAUUGACUCAUAAAGAAAGUUCUGGAUAAGA